AUAUAUAUAUAUAUAUAUGACUGUAUAUGAUCAUAAUGCGGAUAAUCUUUUGUAGAGAAAAAGUUUGCUAAUUUUCAGCUAUGGCGGCUCGGAUCUCUUCGUUUCUCUCUCGCUCUUCUUCUUCUUCAUUUGCUCUGCUUUCUAGAGGAACUAACUCUUCAUUGAGAAGAGGGAUCCUAAGAUAUGGCACAGCUGCUUCUGUUGAGGAGCCGAUUAAACCUUCUGUUAAUGUGGAAUAUAAUCAACUUCUUAUUGAUGGGAAGUUUGUAGAUGCAGCAUCUGGGAAAACUUUUCCAACUCUUGACCCUAGAACAGGGGAGACAAUUGCUCAUGUUUCUGAAGGUGAUGCAGAAGACAUCAACAGAGCAGUAAUUGCUGCUCGCAAGGCUUUUGAUGAAGGACCAUGGCCUAAAAUGACUGCAUAUGAAAGACAACGCAUUUUAUUGAGGUGUGCUGAUUUGGUAGAGAAACACAACGAUGAAAUUGCAGCUCUUGAGACUUGGGAUAGUGGAAAGCCAUUUGAACAGUGUGCCCAAAUUGAAGUGCCCAUGUUUGUAAGGCUCUUCCGAUAUUAUGCUGGUUGGGCAGAUAAAAUCCAUGGCCUCACUGUCCCUGCCGAUGGACCAUAUCACGUGCAAACCCUUCACGAACCAAUUGGUGUUGCAGGCCAAAUUAUCCCGUGGAACUUCCCCUUAGUCAUGUUCGCUUGGAAAGUUGGACCGGCAUUGGCAUGUGGUAACUCCAUUGUCAUGAAGACAGCAGAGCAGACACCAUUAUCUGCUCUAUAUGUUUCAAAGUUAUUCCUUGAGGCUGGCCUUCCUCCAGGGGUUCUAAAUGUGGUUUCUGGAUUUGGUCCCACAGCUGGUGCAGCUCUUGCUAGUCACAUGGAUGUGGACAAGAUUGCAUUCACUGGUUCAACAGCAACUGGUAAAGUUAUUCUUGAACUGUCAGCUAGAAGCAAUCUUAAGGAUGUGACCUUAGAGCUAGGAGGAAAAUCACCAUUCAUCGUAUGUGAGGAUGCUGACGUGGAUAAAGCUGUUGAAUUGGCUCACUUUGCUCUGUUUUUUAAUCAGGGACAAUGUUGUUGUGCAGGAUCUCGAACCUUUGUUCAUGAGCGUGUGUACGAUGAGUUUGUUGAGAAGGCCAAGGCACGUGCUCUCAAACGUGCAGUGGGAGAUCCUUUCAAAUCUGGAAUUGAACAAGGUCCUCAGAUCGAUUCAGAUCAGUUCAAAAAAAUUCUCAAAUACAUAAACUCUGGAGUGGAGAGUGGAGCUACCCUUCAAGCUGGAGGUGACAGACUUGGUAGCAAAGGGUUCUAUAUUCAGCCAACCGUUUUCUCUGAUGUCAAGGAUGACAUGUUGAUUGCACAAGACGAGAUCUUUGGUCCAGUGCAGUCUAUCUUGAAAUAUAAGAGUACGGAUGAAGUGAUAAAAAGGGCAAACAAUUCUCAGUAUGGAUUGGCAGCAGGAGUGUUUACUCAGAACCUCGACAAUGCAAACAGGUUAAUGCGAGCGUUAAGAGUUGGAACAGUUUGGAUAAAUUGUUUCGAUACGUUUGAUGCAGCAAUUCCUUUUGGCGGGUACAAGAUGAGUGGAAUUGGCAGGGAGAAGGGAGAAUACAGUCUUAAGAACUACUUGCAAGUCAAGGCUGUUGUUACCGCUUUGGAUAAUCCAGCAUGGCUCUAAGUAAUGAUGAAUGUUUACGAUGAUGACGAUGAUACUUUCUUUAUAUAUGUAUGAUGGAUGAUUGAUUGAUUGACAAUAAAUUAAAUAAACUUGGCCAACAUUUUCAUUUGA